AUGUCUGAAGAGUUAAGAGACGAAGAGUUGGUGAGCGAUGACGAGGAGUCCGGAAGUGAUUCAGAGAUAGAAGACACGGAAGAGAUGGAGACGGAGGGCAACGGCGCUGAAGAGCAACCUCUGGUGCGGCGGACAUACAUCCCAACUGUGGUCGACAACAACGAGGAACUGGACUUCGAUGAGAGCGCAUACGUGUUGUACAGAAAGGCUCAGACAGAGUAUCCGUGUCUUAGCUUUGAUAUCGUGGCCGACAGACUGGGCGCCGGACCCGAGAGGGCCGACAAUUACCCGCUGUCUUGUACUCUUGUGGCCGGAACUCAGUCGGGAAAAGCCGAUGGAAAUAAGGUAUUAGUGCUCCGAAUGUCAGGUCUUCACCAAAUCAAACACAAAGAGGAGAAAGAAGACAAUGAAAGCGAUGACAGCAGUGAUAGUGAGGAGGAAGAGCCGGAACCACAAUUGGAUUGCAUUCCUAUUGAACACAGGGGUUGUGUUAACCGAAUCAGAAGCACAUCAGUGAACGGCAAGUGUUUGUGCGGCACGUGGUCUGAGUCGGGAACUGUAUUCCUAUGGGAUUUCACACAAGCCGUGGAAGCCGUCAACGAUUCCGAACUCGUCAACCAAUUCAUCAAAAAUAAGACUUCAGUGAAACCCAUAUUUAGUUUUAGUGGACAUCGAGUGGAAGGCUAUGGUCUGGACUGGUCUUCACUCAAACCGGGACUUCUGGCGACCGGCGACUGCAGGAAAAACAUAUUCAUUUGGAAGCCCACGGAAUCAAAUGCUUGGGCCGUCGACCAAAAGGCACUCAUUGGCCACAAAGAGUCUGUCGAAGACCUUCAAUGGUCUCCGAGCGAAGAGAAUGUGUUGGCCUCUUGUUCUGUGGACCAGUCGAUCCGCAUUUGGGACAUUCGGGCCAAACAGUCGUCCAGUUGUAUGCUGUCCGUCGAAUCGGCUCAUGACUCCGAUAUUAACGUUAUUUCUUGGAAUAAAACUGAGAAAACAUUCAUUGCUUCCGGUGGUGACGACGGAGUGAUUAAGAUAUGGGAUUUAAGACAAUUCAAGUCGAAAGCGCCAAAACCUAUCGCUGCGUUCAAACACCACAUCUCACACAUCACUUCAGUCGAGUGGCACCCGACGGACGGCACUGUAUUCGCCGCCUCUGGCGAUGACAAUCAGCUGACACUCUGGGACUUAGCCGUCGAGAAAGACAACAUCAAUGAUUGCGAUGAAUCCGAAGUGAACGAAUUGCCGCCACAACUGUUGUUCAUACAUCAGGGACAAACUGAAAUCAAAGAACUCCAUUGGCACAAACAGAUCCCGGGGCUCAUUAUCAGUACGGCAUCCAAUGGCAUCGAUCUGUUCCGCACUAUAAGUGUUUAG